AUGGUGCUCCUGACUGCCAAAAUCAUGCAGAGAACUGCGCUCUUUGUCACAGUCGGGGGUCUGGUCACUACUCUUGUAACCACCUUCAUCCCCCUGUGGAAGACCUUGAACUCGGACCUGAACUAAGCGGAGAACUAGUAGUCAGGCCUGUGGCACACCUGCAUCUUCACAGAGGAGGUUGGGAUUGCCUUUGAAUCCCUCAUGGCCCUGGCUGUGGACUUGCUGGCCUCCAUGGUGCUCAUGCUGUUGUCGGGCACCAGGGCCCUGACCAUGGUGGUGGCCUUCCCAGGCCUGGAGGGAGUGGAGCUGGGCUCUGGGAGGCAGCAGGGUUUGAAGAGGGGCCUCCUCAUUGUCAGCGGUGUGCUGUCCUGGGUGUCGGGGCUCACCACCCUGGCUGUCCCCCUGGUGGCCUACAUGACUGUGGUAGAGUUCUGGGACGAGAACCUGCCCGACGUGGUUUCAUGCUGGGAGUUUGGAGAGGCAAUGUUCUCUGGUUGGUUCUCGGGCCUCUUCUUGGUCAUUGGAGACUCCCUCUUCUUUGUGGCUGUGUACAUGGCAGACCACAACCUGCAGCAGUGA